CUAAACAUAUACAUCUAGACGAAACAUUUUCCUUGAGGACUGGUAGGUGUGAUCGUAAAAGUCGGAUUAAGAGUGAUAGCACAUUUUUCCAUAAGAGUGAUAGAGACGAUCAAGCUACGAAGAAGCCAAAUAGAGAAAACCCAUUUAGCAAUGUAUAUUGAAAAAGGACGAUCUGAAGAUAUACCACCUGAUGCAAUUCGUCUUUCACAUAAUGAAGUUAUUAAUUACAUGAAAAAUAUAAUAGAAAAAUGGCCCAAAUUAUCAGAAAUAUGGGCAUUAAAAUAUGGAAACCCAAUUUUAUCUUCCGCUGUUGUAAUUUCAAACGUUGUAAUUUUAAACUUUUACCGCAAAAAAUUGAAACUCAGAAAUUAUGGUCGGUUCACAUUAUUUAUCCCAGUUGUUUUCCUACCUUCUAUUAUUGAUCAAGUUUUACAGAAUACAUUUAUUACAAGAUCUAUUAUUUUACAAGAAGAAUGUCCAACAUGUAUUACCUCUCGGUCUAUAUCAAUACAAUUAGGUACAGGUGUUAUUUAUCCUUUAAUUGCUACAAUUGCAGGAACUUACAUGUUUGGAUCUAAAAUGGGUACAUUUAAUUUAAAAUCAGUUGGAAGAAUUGAGAGACUCCAAGAGUUUUUUAUUCACUUAAGAAAUACUACGCAUCCAUUUAACAAUCGCCUAGCAAUUUUUUCGAUUAGUCAUAUUGUUUUAAGCUACACAAUUUGUUAUUUUCAAAUGAAAUCAUUUGAACUUUUGAGACUUAAAUUAUUAGAACAAUCUAUAGAAGAUGCUCAAAGGUUAGAUAAAUCAUAAAAAAAUAAAUAAUAUAUUGUAUAGUUUAUCAUUAUAUUUUAGAAAAAUUAUAAAUGUUAAACAGUUUA